AUGAGGAAGGCCGGGGGCAGGCUCGCGCCCAGCCGGAGCAGCUUUAACAUCUGCCUGAAUGCGUGCAGACACGGGAGGCAGAGGGACAAAGUGAUGAGCGUGUUGGAGCUGAUGGUGCAGGACGGGAUUCCGCCCAGCGGGAAGAGCUACAGCUCUGCAUUGCAGGCUUGCGCAAAGGACGGCAACGUUCCCGACGCCCGCAAGAUGUUGGGGUGGAUGUGGACGUCUCCUGACCUGGAGGGGGGCGUCAAGGGCCUCCGGCCCACGACGUGGGGCUACAACUGCGCCAUGGAGGCGUGCGCGAGGUCGGGGGACUGGGGGUCCGCCGUCGAGCUCAUGGACGAGAUGAGAACGCGCGGUCUCAGCCAUGAUGCCUUUACGUACGGCGCGGCCCUGGAGGCCUGCGGGCGCACGGGGAACUGGCAGAAGGCCGAGGCUAUCGUUGAGCAAAUGGCGGACGCUUACACCGAGUCUCUCGAGGGCGCUAACGGUAGCGGUGACGAUGAUGCCGGCGGUGGCGUUUUUGCCCACUCGGGCAAGAAGUCGUCGUUAUCCCCGACUGCGGUCCACUGCAACGCGCUCCUUCAGGCAUACAGCCGUGGGAAACGGGUGGACAAGGCUCUCCGCUUGCUGGACGAGAUGCUUGCGGUAGCGCCCGCGCUGCCUUCCUCGGCGACCCCGCCACCCGUGCUGUCGGCAGCGGCGGCGGCAGCACCCGAGGAGAACCUCGUUAGCACUAGGAUCGGAAAAGAAGAAUCCACCGCCGACGACGGCGGGGAAGGGAGCCGGGACGAUGACGAUAACGACGACCGGUCAGCGCUGCUGCGGUGGGAUCCCCGCCUCCCUCUCCCUCGCCCGGACGCCGUCAGCUUCGGCACUGUCAUCGACGGCUGCUCGCGCGCUCGCUUGGCCGACGAAGCGGUCUGUCUGCUCAAGGUCAUGGGCGAGGAGAGGAUAGGAGGGACGGCCCCUAUCGCCGGCGGCGGCGGCGGUGGCAGCGAGAUGUGGCGCAGCGGGGGCGGCGGCGGCAGCGGGGGCGGCAGCGGGGACACUCCGCUUCUCCCCCCUAACGUCCACUGCCUGACGGCGGCGAUAACGGCGUGCGGUCGCGCGAACCGGUUGGAGCUGGCGAUUGCCGUUCUACGAGAGGCGGCGGUAUUGGAAGACGCCUGGCUCGACGAACAGGGACGGGGGGUAGAAGCGGACGCAGGAAUAGCGGCUUCGGGCGGAAGGUCGUCGGUGAACGAGACGGCAAAGUUCAACAGCGGCAAGCUGGCGGGUGGGGAGGAUGCAGAGGCUACCAUCGACGGUGACAAGUCAGCUACUGCUGGGGCGGUGGCGGCGUGGGAUGGGAGUGAAACAAGCACGGCGGAGGGUCCUUUGCGGGCACGGUCGUCUCUCCAGCCGGCCUUCAACGCGGCAAUAAAUGCCUGCGUGAAAGCCGGGAGCCACGGCGAAGCCCGCUUGCUGAUGAGGGACAUGGGGGAGCGGGGGCUAAGACCUGGGAGGGAGGCGUUCAAUAGUCUGCUGGUGGCGUGUUCGACCUCCUACGAGGCCAUGAACAUCUUGGCCGAAAUGGAGAGGGCGAGAGUCGCCCCGGACGUGGCCUCCUACACCGCGGCGAUCGGAGCAUGCUCCAGGGGGGGAGACCUCCCGGCCGCCCUCGGCCUGUUCGAGGCGAUGCGCCGGCCCUCCCCUCCCGGCGCGGCGGCGGCGGCGGCGAGGGUGGUGGAGCCCGGCACCGGCGACGGCGGGGCGGGGGGGCGAGCGGCGACGGUCCGGGCGGCGCCGAUGGCCGACGCGCAGGCGUACGGGGCCGCGGCGGCGGCGUGCGCCAGGGGUUUGGACCACCGGGGGGCGUUGCGGCUGCUGGGCGAGAUGCGCGAGGCCCGGCUGAGGCCCGGCAGGCCAAUGUUCGGCGCCGUUAUCGACGCCUGCGCGAGGCGCGGCAAGUGGGAGGAGGCCACCGCCUUGCUUGAGGAGAUGACGGCAUCCGGCGUAGCGCCGUCGCUGAGGCACUACUCUAGCGCUAUUUUUGCGUGCGCGUUGGGGGAGAACCCGGGGAAAGGAUUGGAACUCCUGUCCGUGAUGCGGAAGAAGCGCGUGAGCCCCAACAGCACCUGUGUGAACGCGGCCAUCCACGGCUUCGCGCUGCUGGGUGACUGGGAGAAGUCUUUGGAGAUUCUCAGCAAUAUGGAGAGGACCUACCACGUUGUUCCUGAUUCGGCGGGCCUCGCCCUCUUCGACCGGAUGCGCUCCUACCCGCCCAACCCGCCCCGCAGCGGCGGUGGCGGCAGCGGCGGCGGCGAGAAAGCCUCCGCCGCUUCUCACUCCACGAAGCGGCAUCCCCGAACGUUUCUGAGAGUUUCGCUCCCGAACGGCGGCGGUGCGGCGGCAAUGGUGCAACCCGCCGCCCCCGCUGCUCCUGCUAGACAGCGGCAGUCUGCUAGAGACGCUGGUGCUGACAGUGCUGACAGCGUCGAGAAGAGCGGUGGUGAGGUUGUUGGAGGUGCCGUGGCGUGCCGGGAGAGGGCUGGCGUCGCCGGGGGGGAGGGGAUCAGCACCGCUCAUCCCCGGUCGGCAGUGGCGGCAACAGAGGGCGCGGAAGUUUCGGCGGCGGUGGGUGCGGGCAAGGGAAAGGGGCAGGGGGGUCGCUCCGCGUUCAGAGCGUCCUCUCCGCCGCGCCCCGAUACGGCGUCGUACAACACGGUCAUCGCGGCGGUGGCGUCGGCGUGGGGGUGGGGCGGGCGGGGACAGGCCACGGCGCUGCUCAGGGAGAUGGGGUUCUUGCAGGCUAGAUGCAGGCGAGAUUGGUGUGAGGAAAAACUGUCGGUAAGGGCGGGGCAAUGGCGUAGCGCUGAUAGAGGCAUGCGCGGGGGAGGAGAUAUUGGGAGCGAUGGGCCUAGAUUGUUGGGAGAGAGAAGGCUCAUCAGCAACGGCCACAUUCGCAACACCACGCCCGAUUGUUUGAGCUAA